CCCGGAAACGGAAGUAGUCGUGUUUCCAUGGCGGCGGCUGUGGUGGCUGAAGGUCCCGUGCUAUGGCGGCGGCUGCUAGAUUAUUUGCCCCGGGGGAGACCUGCCUUGGCCGCUCUGUUCGGCCGGCUGUCGGACCGCCUGACCCGGGGCCGGGAACGCCGCGCACGCAGAUCAUCAUGGCUGCUGUUGGCUCCGCUGCUCUCUCCUACUAUUCCUCAGCUGACAGCCCCACCUUGCUGCCUCUGUCCUGAGGGAUCCCAUAGAUUUCAGUGGAUCCGAAACUUCGUCCCAGAGUUUGGAAUUGCCAGUUCCCAUGUUAAGGUGCUUUCCUCUCCGACUGAAUUCUACGAACUUAUGAAGGGACAGAUAAAGACGGCCAAGCGGCGAGUGGUUUUGGCUUCACUCUACCUUGGAACAGGACCUCUGGAACAGGAAUUAGUGGAUUGCAUUGAAGUGGCUUUGGAAAGGUCAUUGCAGGGAUGUGGGCCUUCCAACUUAAGAGUGUCCAUUCUCUUAGACUACACAAGGGGAUCUCGGGGCCGAAAGAACUCUCGGACCAUGCUCCUUCCACUGCUGCAGAGGUUUCCAGAGCAAGUCCGUGUCUCUCUUUUCCAUACUCCUAAUCUGCGUGGUCUUCUCAGACUCCUAAUCCCAGAACGUUUCAAUGAGACCAUUGGGUUGCAGCAUAUCAAGGUCUAUCUCUUUGAUGAUAAUGUGAUCUUGAGUGGAGCUAACUUGAGUGACUCUUAUUUCACCAAUCGUCAAGACCGCUAUGUGCUCCUACAAGACUCUCCUGAGAUUGCAGAUUUCUUUACUGAGCUAGUAGAUGCUGUUGGGGAUGUGUCCUUGCAGUUACAGCAAGACGAUACAGUCCAUGUGAUGGAUGGGAUGGUGCAUCCUUACCAAGGAGACAAGACGGCCUACUGUGAAGCAGCAAAUAGGAGAGUGAUGGAAGUGAUCAACUCUGCAAGGACCAGACAGGAGUUGCUCCACACUCAGACUUUCCAUAGCAACCAUGCAGAAGGAGGAAUCCCAUUGUCCAAAGAUCCAAAGGCAGCUGCUGACAGGCAGCCUGAACCGGACACGUGGAUUUAUCCACUCAUACAGAUGAAACCUUUUGGGAUUCACAUAGAUGAGAUUGUCACGGAGACUCUCCUGUUGGAAGCAGAGCGGGGUGCCAGCAUACAUCUCACCACGGGCUACUUCAACCUCACACAAGCCUAUAUGGACCUGAUCCUGGGUACCAGGGCCAAGUACCAGAUCCUCCUAGCCUCACCAGAGGUGAAUGGGUUCUUUGGGGCCAAGGGAGUGGCGGGUGCCAUCCCUGCUGCCUAUGUUUACAUUGAGCGGCAAUUCUUUAGCCAAGUGUGCUCUCUGGGUCAGCAGGAGAGAAUUCGGCUGCAGGAAUACUCUAGGCGUGCAUGGACAUUCCAUGCCAAAGGCCUCUGGUUGUACCUGGCAGGAAGCAGUCUACCCUGCUUAACUCUGAUUGGCUCUCCUAAUUUUGGGUACAGGUCGGUUCAUCGGGACCUCGAAGCACAGGUUGCAAUAGUGACGAAAAACAAAGCCCUGCAACAGCAGUUUCAUCAGGAGCAAGAGCAGCUUUAUUUGCGGUCUAGUAUAGUGUCUGCGUCAACCUUUGAGCAGUCUAGUCGCUAUGUCCAACUGUGGGUGAAGAUGGUGACACCUCUGAUUAAGAACUUCUUCUGAAAAAAGAUAGGCGGGUCCUUUUGCGGUUGAAGGUCCAGACGUAGGUGGGGCCUCGCAUGCGCGUCUUAUAGACAGGACACUCAUACAUGUUCUUGGUGUCCAUACGAUCCACGGGAAUGGCUUUGAUGAAGAUGACGGGCAUCGAGGGGGUCAGCUCCUUCAGACGUGCAUCACUGAUGACACCGGUCUGAGUAUCCCAACGCGCACCUGCAGGAGGACAGAACUGUGAUGUUGCUUCAGCCUAGAGGGUGCUUCAUUUGCAGCAAGCGUUAAGGAACCAACCUUCUGUCUUUAGAAGCAUGGCUACAGGCAGUUGCUCCGGCUUGAAUGUGCCUUUGCUGUCAUCUCAAUAAUUUACGUGAGCAUUCUGAGCAUUAACAAGCUAGAAAGAGCUGAAUUCACAACUCUGCUCUGAGCCUACGACAGUGUUCCUUCUAUCUUCAUUCAGCCUUGUAGGUAACAAAUGUCCCCACCUACAGUGACUUGAGCACUAAGGGUUAGGCUUCUUCAGGGGCAAUAUUACAUUCCUAACCUUAGCCACGCUUAAGAGUAUUUUAAUAUGGUCAAUUAAGUAGUUUGGUCUGUAAGGGCAGUAAAAUAGGCAUGUGCUGCCCUCUGCUGACAUGCUAAAAUGAUAUGAAACAAUAAAGGCAGCUACUGCAAA